AUGACGCUGCAGCCACGAGAUUAUCAGCUGCAAUGCUUGGAAAAGAUCAAGAAAGGAAACACCAUCAUCAGCAUGCCCACAGGUGGCGGAAAGACCCUGGUGGCCGUCUUGGCUCUUGAUCAUUUUCUGGCCAAAAGGGGCAAAGCGAUCUUCGCUGUGCCCACUCGCGUCUUGGUGGAGCAGCAAGCCAAGUACUGCCGAGAGAAAUGUCAGCAUCGCCGUCUGGUGGUGGAGCUGUCUGGUGGCGAGAUGGACAGCUGGGGGAAAGACAGGUGGCGGCAAUGUGUGUGCGAGAACGAGAUUUUGGUGGGCACGCCAGAGGUCUUUCGAAAAGCCUUGGUUGAGAAUGGAUACAUCACCCCCUUGGACUUUUCCAUCAUCAUCUUUGACGAGUGUCACAACGCCACGGGCAACUCCCCGAUGGCGGCCAUCAUGAAAGAUGCUGUGUGGAAGGUCUCAGGGCAACCAGGAUGCCCGCGUAUCCUGGGACUCACCGCGAGUUAUGUGAACGGAUCUCUGAAGAACCUGGAGCAAAAGAGGGAGCAGCUUGAGACUUUGCUCCAGGCGUCCCUCUUCUCUCCAGACGUGCCUGCCCACCUCGUAGCUGGUGGAGUCGCAGGCAGCGGUUCCACGUCGAAGUUUCGGUAUGUGACCUUCCAAGAGGAUGUGAGCAGAGAAGCCUGUAGCGAAGCCGAGAAGAAGCUGGAUGCGUUGCUUGGGGAUUUCCAAAACACUGUGCAGAUGCAGGUGAAGGAGUGCCGAAAGUUGGUCACCCGCACCUGCCACGUCUUGGAAGAACUGGGUAUGGCCGCCUUCCGUGAUGCGCUGAAGAAUUGCAUCCAGCCUCAGAUGGACGCCCAUGCCGAGCAACUGGCUUCCCUGGCAGAUGAGAAAUCCAAAAAGUUGGCAGCGCAUCUCCGCAGUCAAAUGCCUCAGUUGACCCAACGACUUCAGCAGCUGGGCAAUUCAGUUGGCACAACAGGCCAGUUGAGAGGAGUUCCGACGAUCUCUGGGAAAGCACACAGAUUGCUGGAACUUCUUACAACGUUGUUCCAGCCAAGAAGCCGAGAUGGUACGUACAGGGGCAUUAUCUUCGUGACGCAGGUUGCCUUGAUCAUGCCAUUGGCACAUUUGGUCAACGAACAGUUCCAAAGAACAGGCCUUCACAUCCGUGCUGGCGCUGUCUCCGGGGUUGGAUCCAUGACCGAAAGUGUGCGGAAUCAGCAGAUGGACCAGUUCCGGCGGGGUGAGAAAAACCUCCUGGUCUGCACCAAUGCUUUGGAGGAAGGGGUGGAUGUCUCGGAUUGUGCCUUCGUGAUACGUUUCAACAAGUUCAACACCACGAAGAGCCAUAUUCAAGGCAGUGGCCGUGCAAGAGACGAAAAUGCGGAAAUCUAUUAUUUCGACAACCAUCCGGAAGAAGAAGAAAACAAGGCCAAACGCCUGGACCAAGUGGCCAAAGAUCAGGACUUGCAACUGUCAGAGAAGGAGCGGCACAGACGACGUCUUGCCAGCACCAAAUCACGGCCUGGGAUCUAUCCUUUCCACUCUGGAGAUUCUGAGGUGAAUUUCUUCAACUGCCUUCAGAUCGUCUACGAGUACUGUGCCAAGACCAUGGGACAGUCCUUCAACCCCGACGAUCUCUUCACCUACAGCGAGGAACAGGUUUGUGUCUAUCCUCCGCAGAGCCGUCGCGUGGUGACGGAGAUGAAGUAUCCCUCGCCCGUUGGCUUCGUCACGGUGACGGCCAAGGAGGUGAACGACUACUGGGGCGAUGUGAAACUGGAGGAGAUCUUGGACCCCGACCGGUGCAAGAACUUGAAGCAGGAGGAUAAGACGAAGCGGCGACAUCUCUUUGUGGUGGCCGUCCACAUGCAUCGUAACCAACUGUUGGAUGACAAGAACCAACCGACAGCAGCUGCCUUGGCAUCCACAAAGCUGGCGUGUCCAGCCAUGAACCUGAAGCCGGGCAUCAAGAUGAAGAGCACUUAUUCAAGUUCAGCCGCGCCCGGAGUUGGCGCUUCAACGGCUUGCCCUGGUUCCACUCCUUCGACCCCAUCCCCCGCCUACACCCCGGUGACUCCUACAACGCCUGCCCCACCGGCCCCAGCCACCAAUGGCAACGGUGGAACGAUGGCGUUGACAGCGACCACCAACUGGAAGGGCGUAUUGAAUGAGUGGGCCUUGAAGACAUGGAAGAAACCUGCAGAAGAGUUGUUGAAAUAUGAGGAGGAGACGAAGCCGGAAGGCUUCGUCAGCAAAGUGGAGGUCACCAUGCUGCGGCGUUCCUUCACCGGUCGCCCCGGCGCCACCAAAAAGAACGCGCAGCAAAGCGCCGCCGCUGAGGCCCUGCGGCAACUGGCCAUCGCCGUGUGACGUGAAAACAACGAAGCGGCGCU